AUGCAGUUGACAGCAGUAUGUAAUCUGCGCCGUAUUAUCAACCCAUCUUAUCAUCCGUUCAGUGUAAUUCCAAAGCCAGCAAUAUGGAUGAAAAGAGAGAGAUUACGACGAUUUAUUGCUGUAAGUAUGUUUUUGUAGAUGUAUUCGUGGUUUUAUAUUACAUUUUACAUAGUUUCUUUUUAAAUUGUUUUUGUAGUUAAAUAGUAUGCUUUUUAGUGGCAAUAUGCGUCUAAGAGGACGACGGUUAGAGCUGGUUCAAGACAGUUGAACAAGAUCUUCAUCUACAUGGAUAUGCAACAAAAGGACGAGAAAAACUUUGAGAGAUUCGUAAGUUUUGCGUUAUUUAUGUCAACUUUUUGUUUUAGUACUCAGAAGAACGAUUGAACGCUGGAUUAGCUUUGAAUAACAUUGAGUACAUGCACUUCAGAAACAUGUUGGACCAAGCACAUGUAUUGUUGGACAACAAUUGUCUGUCGCAGUUGGCCAUAUACGAGCCUAGGACGUUUGAGGUAGUUAGACUUUUUGAUAUGUCAAUUUUUAAUAAUUACAUAUAAUGAACAAUGCAGAAUAAUUGGUUUAUUUUAGAGCAUUGUGAACUUGACCCGCAAAAUGGCUUUGGAAGACGACCGAGAUGUUGUUAAUGAGCAAAAGCUGGACAACGUUGAAGUGGAACAAGAAUGGCUUGGUGAGCCACUACCGAGGUCAAUUUACUUUGCCAAGGGCCCAGCUAAGAACUACAGAGGAAAAGUUCGGAAACUGCGUGUCGAUGAAUUUUAA